CGACCUGUCUACCCCUCCUCCGCAUCCUACCACACCUCACCAGCAGUCCAGAACCCGGUUCCCCAUAGAGCCGAUCCUGGACAAGGUCGAGGGUGACAGAGAUAGCAAGGAGCAGCGCAUCUCAACCACGACGACAGCUGCCAACAUGAACCACCACCAUCACCACACGCAGCAACAACAGCAGCAGCAGCAGAAAGCCGGCGAGCAGCAGCUCAGCGAACCAGAAGACAUGGAGAUGGAAGCUGGGGACACAGACGAUCCUCCAAGAAUUCCAGCCAAUCCAGUGAUCAAUGGUAACAUGGCCAUCGCAGAUGGACACAACAACACAGAGGAGGACAUGGAGGAUGACACAAGCUGGCGGUCAGAGGCCACCUUCCGGUUUGUUGUGGAACGUUUCAGCCGCCUGAGCGAGUCUGUGCUAAGCCCGUCCUGCUUUGUCCGGAACCUUCCAUGGAAGAUCAUGGUGAUGCCACGCUUCUAUCCAGACCGACCGCAUCAGAAGAGUGUGGGCUUCUUCCUACAGUGUAACGCAGAAUCAGACUCCACGUCAUGGUCUUGUCAUGCUCAGGCCAUGCUUAAGAUCAUCAACUACAAAGACGAUGAAAAAUCUUUCAGCCGCAGGAUCAGUCACCUGUUCUUUCACAAAGAGAACGACUGGGGUUUCUCCAACUUCAUGUCCUGGACUGAUGUGACUGAUCCAGAGAGAGGCUUCGUCGAUGAUGACAAAGUUAUUUUCGAAGUCUAUGUCCAGGCUGACGCCCCACAUGGAGUCGCCUGGGACUCUAAGAAACACACAGGCUAUGUUGGUUUGAAGAACCAGGGGGCAACAUGCUACAUGAAUAGCCUGCUGCAGACACUUUUCUUCACCAACCAGCUACGGCGGGCGGUGUACAUGAUGCCCACAGAGGGAGAUGACUCGUCCAAAAGUGUUCCACUGGCACUGCAGAGGGUUUUCUAUGAGCUGCAACACAGCGACAAACCUGUCGGCACCAAGAAAUUAACCAAGUCUUUUGGGUGGGAAACACUAGAUAGCUUCAUGCAACACGAUGUACAGGAGCUGUGCAGAGUGCUCCUGGACAAUGUGGAAAAUAAAAUGAAAGGCACUUGUGUAGAAGGAACCAUACCUAAGCUCUUCAGGGGAAAGAUGGUGUCAUAUAUUCAGUGUAAACAUGUGGACUACCGGUCAGAGCGGAUAGAGGACUACUACGACAUCCAGCUAAGCAUAAAAGGAAAGAAGAACAUUUUUGAGUCAUUCAAAGAUUAUGUGGCUACCGAACAGUUAGACGGAGACAACAAAUAUGAUGCAGGGGAGCACGGUCUACAGGAGGCUGAAAAGGGAGUCAAGUUCCUCACUUUUCCUCCUAUCCUUCACCUGCAGUUGAUGAGGUUCAUGUAUGACCCUCAGACAGACCAAAACAUCAAGAUUAAUGACAGAUUUGAGUUUCCAGAUCAGUUACCUCUGGAUGAGUUUCUCCAGAAGCCUGACUCCAAGGAUCCAGCCAACUACAUCCUGCACGCAGUGCUGGUCCACAGCGGCGACAACCAUGGCGGUCACUACGUCGUCUAUCUUAAUCCCAAAGGAGACGGCAAAUGGUGUAAAUUCGACGACGACGUGGUGUCGCGAUGCACCAAAGAGGAGGCCAUAGAACACAACUACGGCGGACACGACGAUGACCUCUCCGUACGUCACUGUACCAACGCCUACAUGUUGGUCUACAUUCGGGAGUCCAAGCUCAGCGAGGUCCUUCAGCCCAUGACAGACAUGGACAUCCCUCAGCAGCUGGUGGAGCGUCUGCAGGAGGAGAAACGGGUAGAAGCCCAGAAGAGGAAGGAACGUCAAGAGGCUCAUCUCUACAUGCAGGUCCAGAUGGUGACAGAAGACCAGUUCUGUGGUCAUCAGGGCAACGACAUGUACGACGAGGAGAAAGUCAAGUACACGGUCUUUAAAGUACUCAAGAGCUCCACGCUGCAGGAGUUUGUGCAGAACCUCUCCCAGACAAUGGGUUUCCCACAGGACCAGAUGAGACUGUGGCCCAUGCAAGCUCGAAGCAAUGGUACCAAGCGCCCUGCCAUGCUCGACUACGAGGCAGACUGCAGCAAGUCUAUGAUCGACUUGAGUGACAAUGAAAACCCCUGGACAAUAUUUUUAGAGACUGUGGAUCCAGAGUUGGCAGCCAGUGGUGCCACGUUACCCAAGUUUGAUAAAGAUCAUGAUGUCAUGUUGUUCUUGAAGAUGUAUGACCCCAAAACCAGAAGCUUAAAUUAUUGUGGACAUAUCUACACACCUAUAUCCUGCAAAAUAAGCGACCUACUGCCCGUUAUGUGUGAGGGAGCUGGCUUGCAGCAGGAAACUAGCUGUAACAUCNAUCUAUUUACAGAAGUAAAGCCCAAUCUAACGGAGCGCAUACAGGACUACGAUGUCUCUCUGGACAAGGCCCUGGAUGAGCUCAUGGAUGGGGACAUCAUUGUCUUCCAGAAGGACGACCCAGAGAACGACAGCAGUGAGCUGCCCACAGCGAAGGACUAUUUCCGCGAUCUGUACCACAGAGUGGACGUCAUAUUCUGUGACAAGACCAUCCACAACGACCCUGGCUUCGUGGUCACACUGUCUAACCGCAUGAACUACUUUCAGGUGGCCAAGACGGUAGCACAGAGGUUGAACACGGAUCCAAUGCUGCUGCAGUUCUUCAAGUCACAGGGGUACAGGGAUGGUCCAGGGAAUCCUCUCAGACACAACUAUGAGGGAACACUGAGGGAUCUCCUGCAGUUCUUUAAGCCGAGACAACCCAAGAAACUCUACUACCAACAGUUAAAGAUGAAAAUAACUGACUUUGAGAACAGGAGGAGUUUUAAAUCCAUAUGGCUCAACAGCCAGUUCAGAGAGGAGGAAAUCACCCUCUAUCCUGACAAACACGGCUGUGUGAGAGACCUGUUGGAAGAAUGUAAAAAGGCAGUAGAGCUGUCUGAAAAAGGCUCUGAGAAACUCAGGCUGUUAGAGAUAGUAAGCUAUAAAAUCAUUGGGGUUCACCAGGAGGACGAGCUGCUAGAAUGUUUAUCUCCGGCUGCCAGCCGCACCUUCAGAAUAGAGGAGAUUCCGUUGGACCAGGUGGACUUGGAUAAGGACAGUGAAAUGCUUAUUCCAGUCGCUCACUUCCACAAAGAAGUUUUUGGAACCUUUGGGAUCCCGUUUUUGCUAAAGAUUAGACAGGGCGAAUCUUUUCGGGAGGUGAUGAGGAGGAUCCAGACGAUGCUGGACAUUCAGGAGAAAGAAUUUGAGAAGUUUAAGUUUGCGAUUGUAAUGAUGGGCCGACAUCAGUACAUCACUGAAGACGAGUAUGAGGUCAACCUGAAGGACUUUGAACCACAGCCAGGUAACAUGUCCCACCCGCGCCCCUGGCUUGGGUUGGAUCAUUUCAACAAAGCUCCAAAGAGAGGUCGCUACACCUACCUGGAGAAAGCAAUCAAGAUCCACAACUAAAGCAGCGCGCCCUUCCUCUGUGACCUCCUCCUCCUCCUCCUCCACUUCGUCCACCUCCUUCUGCUCCUGUUGCUCCGCCUUCCUCCGACCCUCUGUAACACACGAUAACCACAGACUGUAACCAACCGUGUGCGAGAGCCUCUGGUCAUGUGUGUGCGUGCGUGCGCUCAUAUGUAUGUAUGUAUGUAUGUAUGCCCGGGUUUGGGUGUGUGUGCGCGUGUGUUUGUGUGCUCAUCACUUUUAACACCCUGCCUGGACACCUCUACAGCUCUACACCGGCACUGUCUUCAGCGAUAUGGAUCUUGCUGCAACUGAUGGAUUAUUCUUCAACCACAAAAUAAACUGCACCAACCACCACCUCCUGACUGUUUAGUUUGUUGUUUAUUUAAUUCUUGAGUUGUCUCUCCCUUUGUUUGGGUGGUUUUCUGGCUUUUCUACGUGUCGAUUGCCGUAUAGAAUUUUUUUUUUCCUUGUCCGUCUGGAAGUCGGAGAAAUGAUUGGGUUUUAAUAGAUGACAAAUAGGAUAGAAGUACGCACGAAUAUAAUGAACUUUCUUUGCCCCCCCCGUCCCUCCCCGUCCCCCUCUCCCCGUCCUCCAUUGUCACCCCCACCCUCAUCAUCAUCACGUUGGUUUUACGAGUGGUGCCGCUGUGUGUAGAGUCUGAUGGAAAGGUCUUGGCAAAAACCUGACAGGAAAAAAGAAAAAAAAAAAGAAACUUUGAGGGAAGCGCUGGUUGUGAUUCUGCAAACUGACGUCCCUCCUAACGCUUCUGAGAGCCUGAUUUGGUUCUCUGCUAUUUCUGCUCCCUUCCUUUAGCUACAGAAAUAAGGGUUUGAAAAGUUUACACGUUACACAAGUUUUUUUGUUACUUUCCUAGGUUUUUUUUUUCUUUUGCAAAACUUUUUUUUUUUUUCUGUAAAGUAAAAGUUCGAACAAUCUGUCUAAAAAUAAACGGAAAACUAAGGAAAUUUGUCUGUAUUUCAUCCUGCACGUUGGCACUUAAUGUCAGAGGUUCCUCAGGACGGGCAGAAAAACACGGUGGCUGUGGAUUUGACUUCAAACAUUAACUCACUUGACCUUUAAUUUUUUAUUUUUUUUAUUUGUGGGGGCAGUUGUUUUUCUCAGUCAUUCCUCUGAACACAAACUUCCCCCUUAAUCUCCCGGUUCAGUCGUUAGUCCCCAUGUGGUUGGAAGUGGUAACUGCUGCGUUGUGCUUGGUUAGGGAGCUGCAGACACUUAGAGCCCACAUUUGUGAGGAUUGUGUAGAGACAAAACCAGCAUUGUAAGAAACACUUUAAGCCCGAUGAAUUUUUAUUUCUUUGUUUUCUUUUGGAAGCGGCGAUGAAACGCUCUCCUCAUGGCUAUGGCUGGCUCUGUAAAGACAACAUUUAAGAAUUGUAUAUUUAAAAAUAUGAACGUGUAAAAUUAAAGAGAAACACGCCUUUGUUGUUGGGUACAGAAGGAGCCAGGUGUUCAUAUUUCUUGUGUGUAGGUUUUUUUUUUUUCUUUACUUUGCGUUCCUGAUGUACCAUGGAUGAUGAUGAUUUUUUUUCUGUUACAAUAUUUUUUCUUUUUAAAAAAAACUAACUGCAUUGGUUUUGUCUUGAUGAAAAAAAAAAUAAGUGCAGUACGAUGAUGACCUGCAGAAUCACACCUUAAUUUGAUGGUUUCCAGUUUAAAAAUCCUCAGUGUAGCAGCAGCAUAUGACAACUAUUCCUGUAUAUUGCCUUUUUGCUGGAAAAAUGUAUGUUGAAUAAAAUUUUCUAUAAAAACAAA